GAAAGGGUACCUUAGCUUCAAACAGAUUGGUAAUUGCAAAGUGGCAUAGCCCCCUCCCAACGAUUCAUCCGCUCAUCCGCCACAACGUCGAGCAGAUAUAUACACCCUCGAGAGAACACACUUAUUCGGAAGAGUAUUUUUUUUUUUUUUUUCUCCUUUUCGCUUCCUCUCGACGUGACUGUACAGAGAGCCGCACGUAGUCUCCCCCCUCAAAAUGUACUUCCGGCACUUUUAUAACAAUUUCAAGGAGGAGUUUGCCUACCUCCGGGGGGAGGACGAACCUCUGCCGCCCAUCUUGACGUGCGAGCGGCCGAACACCAUGGAAAACGACACCAUCGUGAGGCGGAUCCCCCAGAGCAUACUGAAAGGCGUGGAGGAGCACAACGCGGAGUACACGAAGGAAAACCAAAUAGACGUCAAGCUAGCCAAAAUCAGAGAGCUCUUUACAAACGGGCACAAACACACAUACGAAAUGCUGCACUGCAAGGAGGACCAACAUGUGUGGGAGUUCCUUCUCUCCUAUUUUAUCCAAUCGGACACAAAAAUUGUUAACAACUCGUGGCUAUUUAAUGAAUAUUAUUUCUACCGUUACCUGACCUGUUCAUACGAUUUUGAAAAAACGAAAUAUGAUUUUUUUGAAUACGAAAAGAAGGACUCCAUAAAUUGCAACAAAGAAUUGAUAGAAAAAAUAUGCACAUGUGCGAAGGAGUUACUAGAAUUGUACUCAAAGAAUGAAGAAGCAAACGUGUUUGCAAUUUUUUUUUAUUUCUCCCUUUGGUCUAACCAAUUCGACUUGAGUUGGAACCCCACCAAAAACAAGGGGGAGCAACAUCGGGUGGAGGAAACGGAUAUAAAGAAGAAGACUCUCCGGGAGAAGCAGUUUUUCUUCGGCACGGACGACGUGCAGAAGCUGCACGACAGCAUGUACUUGGACAAGGUCCUCGCCAACGAUAUGCAGGCCCUCCGCAGGGACAUCACCUCCAGGCACUGGCCGCGCUUCGACAUCGUCCUGGACAACAUGGGGCUGGAGUUCAUCACGGACCUCUGCCUCCUCCACAUGCUCAGCCGCUACUUCGACGAAAUCCACAUCCACGUGAAGAAGUUCCCCCUCUUCGUUUCGGACACCAUGGCCAAGGACAUCCACUACGCGCUGGCAUCCCUGAGCAGCGACGAUAAGUACCCCAACACGGUGUUCAUGGCGACCAAGUGGAAGGAGUUCCUGGAGACGCAGAAGUGGAAGAUCCGGGAACACGUCUACUGGAACCUGCCCCUCCCCUACUGGGUGAUGCCCAAUGACCUCGUGGAGGAAUUAAAAAGAAGCUCCUUCGUCUGCUUCAAGGGGGAUGCCAAUUACCGCAGGUGCUUGGGCGACCUGAGCUUCAACUUCUGGCAUCCCCACAAGGACGUUUUGGGAUAUUUCCCCAUCAGGUUUAUCGCCUUGCGGUGCUUGAAGUCUCCCGUGUGCUGUGGCCUGCAGAAAGACGUCGUGGAGGAGCUGAACCGGAAGUCUCGGGACUGGUGCAACUACGGGGAGUAA